AUGGAUCACUCACCCCUGGGCGCUCUCCCACCAGAGCUUCGCGCCACCGUCUUCGUCCUCGCCCUUCAUCGAGAUCAUCCCGUUAUGAUCGAGAAGGGCGACGCAGAUCUCUCCUUUACUUGCCGCCAGAUACGCGACGAAUGCCUGCUCAUGCACUACGACGUGAAUCGACGCAUGACCCUCUUGGUACCUUUCGGCAACACCAUCAACAUCGAUCACAAACUCCAAUCGCUCGCAAAGCUUGGCAAACUACGGUUCCUGGAGCAUCUCACGAUCGAAGUUGAAUGCGGCUUAUACAAGGGGUCUAGAGCUGACGAUACGGGCUUCCGUUCUCUGGAGUGGUGUACGCGAGUUGCUCAUAUGCUUGUGGGGCCGAUUGGGUUGUCGUAUGAGCAGGCGGAAUGGCUUUGUGUGGGAAAUGUGUUCUGGAGGAACGCAAGGCCUGGGCCAGGGUAUAAGCCCAAGUUGCAGUUGUUCAAGUCGAUUGUGGAGGGUGUCAAAGAGGAUUGGAAGCUUACUGCGGAUGCUGCUUCGAAGGCUCGAGAGUAG